GACGUCAGCUCGUCGCCAUAUCUGUCUUUCUGUACCGGCUGAAGGAGAGUCUGGAGUCAUGAGAGGAAUCCGUUCCCUGAACAGUCUCCCCAAACGUUGCUACGCUGCUGCCAGGAGGAGUGAAGCUCUGACUGAACCCCUCGCAGGCCUGAAACCGUCCACGGCUGCAACUCCCCCUCAAAAUGUCCAGGUGUCGAAGCUCCCAAACGGUCUGGUGAUAGCAUCACUGGAGAACUACUCCCCCUUGUCCAGCGUGGGUGUGUUUGUGAAAGCUGGGAGUCGCUAUGAGACUGUGGAAAACCAGGGUGUCUCUCAUGUGCUACGACUGGCAGCAAACCUGACUACCAAGGGUGCAUCUGCCUUCAAGAUCUGUCGCGGUGUGGAAGCACUGGGGGGCAGCCUGAGUGUGACAUCAUCAAGAGAGACCAUGGUCUACACCGCAGACUGUUUGAGAGACCACCUAGAUUCAUUAUUGGAGUUUUUGGUCAAUGUGACCACAACUCAAGAGUUUCGGCCAUGGGAGGUAGACGAACUGACGUCCAGGGUGAAGGUUGACAGGGCUCUGGCUCAGCAGUGUCCUCAAAUAGGUAUAAUUGAGAAGUUGCAUGAAGCAGCAUACAAAAAUGGCCUGUCCAACUCUCUUUACUGCCCUGACCACAUGGUCGGUCGUGUCUCCUCUAAACAGCUGCAGUCAUUUGUUGAAGACAAUUUCACCACUGGCAGAAUGGCUCUUGUAGGAGUAGGUGUGAAGCACUCUGUCCUGAGGCAGGUGGGCGAGGGACUCCUGAGUGUCCGCAGUGGGGCUGACACACCUGUGGUGAAAUCUGUCUACCGUGGAGGUGAGCUGCGAGUGCUUAACAAUGACGAUCUGGUCCAUGCACUGAUUGCCAGCGAGGGUGCUGUGACAGGUAGUGCAGAGGCUAAUGCCUUCACUGUGCUGCAAAGGAUCCUGGGAUCUGGUCCACAUGUGAAGAGGGGCUCCAACAUCACCAGCAAACUGAGUCAGGGUAUUGCCAAAGCUACCGCACAGCCCUUUGAUGCCACAGCCUUCAAUGCCUCAUACUCUGACUCUGGCCUGUUUGGCGUCUAUACUAUUGCACAAGCUGACUCUGCAGGAGAGGUGAUCAAAGCUGCCAUCGCUCAAGUGAGAGGCAUAGCUGAGGGAAAUGUGUCCGAGGCUGACAUCACCAGAGCAAAAAACCAGGUGAAAGCAGAGUACCUGAUGUCAAUAGAGAGCUCUGAGGGCCUGUUGGAGGAGAUCGGUGCUCAGGCUCUGACCACUGCAGCCUACCAGCUCCCUGACUCUGUUCUCCAGGCUAUAGAUGCUGUCACCCAGGAUGCUGUGGUCAAGGCUGCGAAAAAAUUUGUGGAUGGCAAGAAGACCAUGGCAGCUAGUGGACACCUCAUUAAUACACCAUUUGUAGAUGAAGUAUGAAAAUAAAGAACAAGAACCGUUGAUUUUAACCUGGGCAUGCUGUGUCUGGCUGCUUAAAAAGGAGAGAGGACCCUAAAGCCACAGCCUCUUGCAACAAUUCAUUUGAUGUCACCAAUCAUUUGUAGUCUGUCCUGCAAUAUGUGUAAGCUCCAAUGUGGAGCCGGAGAAUCAUAAUGCAAUUUUCUUUGGGGUUUUUGUCAAUUUAACUGUAUAUCUAUGUAAAUUAAAGUUAUGACGGUAAAAACA